AGGUGGCGGCGGCGGCGGCGCGGGCGGCUGGUGCUGCGCGGUCCUGGUCGGCCGGGCGCACGGACGCACCGGCGAGCCGACGGCCGGAGGGACCGGGUGCAGGCGCUGGGCCGGCGGGCUGUGAGCGGAAGAAAGGGCAACGAAUAGGACACCGGCGACCGCCAGACUCCCGAGCGGCGCCCUCCUCCUGCCGGUGCCAAGGCCGGGCCAUGGGGGGCAGCAUGCCCGCGAGCACUGCUUGAAGACGCCGUAGCCCCCGCCCCCGCGAUGGGCGCUCCGGCUUGGGCUGUCGCGUUCUGCGUGGCUGUGGCGGUCGUGACCGGCACCGCUUCGGGGCCCCCGGGCGUGGAGCAGCGCGUCGUGCGGAGAGUGGCAGAGCUCCCGGGGCCAGAGCCCGGCCCGCAGGAGCAGCUGGUCUUUGGCAGUGGGGACACCGUGGAGCUGAGCUGCCACUCGCCUGCCGGUGGCCCCACGGGGCCCACGGUCUGGGUUAAGGACGGGGCCGGGCUGACACCCUCGGACCGAGUCCUGGUGGGGCCGCAGCGGCUGCAGGUGCUCAACGCCUCCCACGAGGACGCCGGGGCCUACAGCUGCCGGCAGAGGCUCACCCAGCACGUCCUGUGCCACUUCCGCGUGCGUGUGACAGAUGCCCCGUCCUCGGGAGACGAUGAAGAUGAAGAGGAGGAGGCAGAAGAUGCGGCGGGAGCCCCUUACUGGACUCGACCCGAGCGGAUGGAGAAGAAGCUGCUGGCUGUGCCGGCCGCCAACACCGUCCGCUUCCGCUGCCCGGCUGCCGGCAGCCCCACCCCGUCCAUCACCUGGCUGAAGAACGGCAAGGAGUUCCGGGGCGAGCACCGCAUCGGGGGCAUCAAGCUGCGUCGCCAGCAGUGGAGCCUGGUCAUGGAGAGCGUGGUGCCCUCCGACCGCGGCAACUACACCUGCGUCGUGCAGAACCAGUUCGGCAGCAUCCGGCAGACCUACACCCUGGACGUGCUGGAGCGCUCUCCGCACCGGCCGAUCCUGCAGGCGGGGCUGCCGGCCAACCAGACGGCGGUGCUGGGCAGCGAUGUGGAGUUCCACUGCAAGGUGUACAGCGACGCGCAGCCCCACAUCCAGUGGCUCAAGCAUGUGGAGGUCAACGGCAGCAGAGUGGGGCCGGACGGCACGCCCUACGUCACCGUGCUCAAGUCCUGGAUCAGUGAGGCCGUGGAGGCCGACGCGCGCCUCCGCCUGGCCAAUGUGUCCGAGCACGACGAGGGCGAGUACCUCUGUCGGGCCUCCAAUUUCAUAGGCGUGUCUGAGAAGGCCUUUUGGCUGCGCGUCCACGGGCCCCAAGCAGCCGAGGAGGAGCUGGUGGCGGCGGGCGAGGCGGGCAGCGUGUACGCAGGUGUCCUCAGCUACGGCAUGGGCUUCCUGCUCUUCAUCCUGGUGGUGGCCGCCGUGACGCUCUGCCGCCUGCGCAGCCCCCCCAAGAAGGGCCUGGCGCCCACCGUGCACAAGGUCUCCCGCUUCCCGCUCAAGCGACAGCAGGUGUCCUUGGAGUCCAACUCGUCCAUGAACUCCAACACGCCGCUGGUCCGCAUCGCCCGUCUGUCCUCGGGGGAGGGGCCUGCGCUGGCCAACGUCUCGGAGCUCGAGCUGCCCGCCGACCCCAAGUGGGAGCUGCCCCGGGCCCGGCUGACCCUGGGCAAGCCCCUCGGGGAGGGCUGCUUCGGCCAGGUGGUCAUGGCGGAGGCCAUCGGCAUCGACAAGGACCGGGCCGCCAAGCCUGUCACUGUGGCCGUGAAGAUGCUGAAAGAUGACGCCACCGACAAGGACCUGUCCGACCUGGUGUCCGAGAUGGAGAUGAUGAAGAUGAUCGGGAAGCACAAGAACAUCAUCAACCUGCUGGGCGCCUGCACGCAGGGCGGGCCCCUGUACGUGCUCGUGGAGUACGCAGCCAAGGGCAACCUGCGCGAGUACCUGCGGGCCCGGCGGCCCCCGGGCACAGACUACUCCUUCGACACCUGCAAGCUGCCCGAGGAGCAGCUCACCUUCAAGGACCUGGUGUCCUGUGCCUACCAGGUGGCGCGGGGCAUGGAGUACCUGGCCUCGCAGAAGUGCAUCCACCGGGACCUGGCGGCACGCAAUGUGCUGGUGACCGAGGACAAUGUGAUGAAGAUCGCGGACUUCGGCUUGGCCCGCGACGUGCACAACCUUGACUACUACAAAAAGACCACCAACGGCCGGCUGCCCGUGAAGUGGAUGGCGCCCGAGGCCUUGUUUGACCGCGUCUACACCCACCAGAGCGACGUGUGGUCCUUCGGGGUCCUGCUCUGGGAGAUCUUCACGCUGGGGGGCUCGCCAUACCCUGGCAUCCCUGUGGAGGAGCUCUUCAAGCUGCUGCGGGAGGGGCACCGCAUGGACAAGCCCGCCAACUGCACGCAUGACCUGUACAUGAUCAUGCGGGAGUGCUGGCACGCCGUGCCCUCGCAGCGGCCUACCUUCAAGCAGCUGGUGGAGGACCUGGACCGCGUCCUCACCGUGACGUCCACCGACGAAUACCUGGACCUGUCCGUGCCCUUCGAGCAGUACUCGCCGGGCGGCCAGGACACCCCCAGCUCCGGCUCCUCAGGGGACGACUCCGUGUUUGCCCAUGACCUGCUGCCCCCGGCCCCUCCCAGCGGCGGGGGCCCGCAGACGUGAAGGGCUCUGGCCUGCGGGCCGAGCCCCCGCCGAUGUGAGAGCGGGCCCAGCCCGGGGGGCUGCUCUGGGCAUGCCUGCAGCCCAGGCCCGCGGCCAGACGGAUGGACGGGUGGACAGACAGCUGUGUGUGUGUGUGUGUGUGUGUGUGUGAGAGAGAGAGAGAGAGAGAGGGAGAGAGAGAGUCUGAGAGCCCCGGCGCCGGGGUUCCCGGGGCCUACCCUGCUGUACAAUGGCCCCCGGCCGCUGUGCCAGCGGCUCCGGGAGGAACCGAACACAGAAUGUAAGGGGCUCCUCCGCGGGCCCGCCCCAGGCUACCCGUGCCCGCGCUGCCGCCCCGCGGGGAGCAGCUCUGGGCUUGGGCAUCCUCCAAGUGCCCCCGCGGGGCGUGCCUCCUCCCACCCACGUGGCACCUUGCGCCUGGGGGUGAGCACCCCUGCCCCCAGGCCUCCCCCGACCCCUGUCCCUCAGAGACUGAGAUUACGGGUACCAGAAGGCGGGAGCCUUUGACUUCUAUCCGAGAGGUUUAUUCCAGAGAUGAGUGUACAUUUAUAUAAAUAGAUGCCGUGAGUGGUGCACAUACAUAUAUAUAAAUAUCUAUAUGGAAGAAGAAAGGCUCCCAGGACAACUGAGGCCCGGGACUGGGAAGUCCCCGCAGCGAGACACACAGAGGCCGCCGAGGAGGGGGGGGGGCUUUCCCAGAACCACAGUUUUGUUUUAAAAAUUGUACCUGGACCUGUAUAUUUGUAAAGCUAUUUAUGGGCCCCCAGGCCCGGUGCCCCCUCCCCCACAAAGCCGUAGCGUUUAGCCCGCCCCACGCCUGUGGCUGAAGCCUUAACUUAUUCACAGCUGAGAAGGCGGCCGCCUCAGUCAGAGGGGCCGCCGAGGGUGUGCCCGCUGGGCACCCUGGCCCGCGCCCCCGGCCGGAGCAGCCCCUCGGGCCCCCAGCGUCGCUGUCGUGCGAGGUGACCCUGGCAAGGGUGUUUUCUUUCCUUUGGCCUUCUUUUUGCAGGGGAACUCAAUUUCUGUAGGAUUCUUUAGGAGAUUUAUUUUUGUGGACUUCAGAGCAAGCUGGCAUUUCCACACAAGCCCUCACUGCCGUGCGCUGGGUGGGAGGCAGCUUCCAGCAGGGCCAGCCCUGCAGCAGGUUCAGACGUUAGUAGAUGUUACAAGUUUAUAUGUAUCUAUAUAUAUAAUUUAUUGAGUUUUUACAAGAUGUAUUUGCUGUAGAUUUAACACUUCUUACGCAAUGCUUCUAGACUUUUAUAGCCCGGACUGCUACCUUUCAAAGCUUGGGAGAGAAAGCCGUGAAUUCAGUUUUGUUACUUUUUGUACUGUUCAGUUCGGGUGGCUGUUCCCUGCUUGUCAGCGGGCAGGCCCGGCAGGGGCUCGGGGUGGUCUGUUCUCGGCCCCCAGCCUUGUGGGGGCCAAAGGUGUCGCCCACAAACUGGCAGACGUGCUUUCCAAAAAUAA